UGGCUGCAGAAUCAGAUAUGAGAAAGAAGCUUGAUGGUUUUAACGUGUUUAGCAAUGGGGAAACUGAAGAUAUAAAGGAAGCACAUAUAGAAAAAAAGGACCUGCAGUCUUUAAAAUCUAAGCUGAAGUAUGAUUUGAGAAAGAGUUUGGCAUGGGAUAGUGCCUUUUCCACAAGUUCUGGUAUCAUUCAUAUUCCAGUGGAAAUGUAUUCAAAUAAUUUCAUUGUUUUCACAUUCAUCACCUCAUUCAUCCUCAGGAAUUCUAGAACUGGAGGAGUUGUUCAGUACUUCAAAUUCAUUACAAACUGAGAAUGGUUAUGAGAUGUUGAGACCUGAACAGGAUCAUCAUUUGUAUUUCAACAAUCUGAAACCUGAAAUUAAAACUGUAACUGAUGGAUUCAAUUUAAGGAAGAGUUUAGCUUGGGACAGUGCUUUUUUCACAAGUGAAGGAAUUUUAAAUCAUGAGGAGUUAUCGCUUCUAAACAAAGGGCAUAAGAAAUCCGAAAUGGGUAUGCUUCCUCAAAUAGAAGAACUAAGGAUCUCAUCCGAGUCAAAUCGUACUAUUGACAACGACGGAUCAUCAUCAACAAGCCAAGAGAUUUCGGUGCAGCAUCAAUCAUCGAACACGGUUGAUUCAGGUUGCAGAAACAUUCAAAAUGUUUUUUGUAAGUACGAGACUUUUAUGUCAUUACCCUUUUGUUAAAGAAAGGUUGUCUAUAUAUUCUGCAUAUUUAGUAGGCUGUAUAUGGAAGCAACUUCCAUUCUUGCAUAUGGGUUUUGUCAAAAAUACUUUUUUUCCCUUUCUGCAUUAGACAAUAUUGUUUUAUUUGGUAAUCGUCACUGUUUUUUUUUCUUUUUUGGCUCUUCAUCUAUCCUUUAUAUUACUUUUAUGUUUUAUCACAUUUGAUAGUAACUAUAAAUAUUAUUAUAUGAAAAACAAAUACUCGUGGAUGAUUCAUGCAUUCCACUUUUACUCAAUUAUAUUACUUCUUUUGGUUACUUUCAGCAACAAAAAGGAUGGAUGUGGAUUCUGUCCCCAAAUUGAAGUUUUCUUCUCCAAGUGGAAGAUCUGAUCUCUCAUCACAUCUAAAGCCACCAAAGAUACAAAGUCGAGUUAGAAGAAAUACCCCAAUAACUCCCACCAAAAGAAUUCCUAUGUUUCCAAAUGAAGUGAAAGAGGGAAACAAAACUCUCAAAGCAAGUGGAAAGUGUUGUCACCUAUCUUAUUCAUCUGUUGGAAAGAACUUUUGUUGCAUAUCACCUUUAGUAUCCAUUGAUUGGUUCUCUUCUGCAUCAUCAGUGACUGAAAGCGUUGGUUCACAUGUUUCAUUUCAUGCUUCGAGAACUGAGAAGCCUUCUGGUCUCCGAAUGCCAUCACCCAAUAUUGGAUAUUUUGAUAUGGAUAAUAAUUUGCUGGUGUCUACAAGGGCUGUCUCGGAGAUUCAAAGUGGACAAAUGUUGAAAGAUGCAAGAAAUUCAAGGACUUGUACAUGGAAAACUAGAGACGCCAAUACCUCAAGAAUUACGAAGUUUGGUCGUAGUGCAGUUUCAAAAGAUGGUGAGGUUAAGGAUUAUUUGACAAAAGAUGAGAAAAUGAUUAACUCGAGAGCACAUGAACAUGCGUUUGAAAGGAAAACAUGCGCAAAAGUGGACAAGAGAGGCGUGGGGAAUAAAAUAUCAAGAGAAAGAGAAGAACAAUCUUGCCUAAAGAGCAAGGCUUUGGCUGAAAGAACACAUCGGAGUAAAUACUCUCUACACAGGAAAUGAUCGAUGCGUUUAAACUUCACGAAAGUGAGAAGGGAAAUUUUAUUGAUUUUCAAAACAUAAUCAAAGAACAAGUCAAGAACACUUAGUGAAAAAGCAUUGGAUUCAAAUAACAAUAAUGAGAAACAGAUGUUAACAAAACACUGUUGUAUUUGUUGUUUUUUAAAGGGAGAAGAGAUUUUCUCUAAUU